AUGGCAACGACUCCCCAGCCCUGGAUGAGCCAGUUCUCCGGGUAUAUCAACUCCGCUCCAGGCAUAGAAAACACCCUACGGCUCUUCCAGUUCUCCUGCGUCAUCCUCGGGUCUCUUUCCGGAGCCUCUCCCUCGCCCUGGGCCAGAGCUGGAGGCCAGUUUGCGCUGAGUCGUCGCUAUUUUCGGUACUUCAAGUUUAUCGACCACUUUCAAAAUGCAUGGACAGCGUACACACUGAGCGACAGUGCCCCGCCUCACAGGCGAGGAUCAGUUGCAUCGACCCUCGAGUUCAGCAAGUGGAGCCUUCUGGGGAUAUACCUCUUGCUUGAAGGCGUGACGAUCUUUGAUGCGCUGGGCGUUCAAAGGACAGCUUGGGGCGACAGAGCUUUGCUUGAGAGCCACAAGUUCUGGCUGUAUGGCCUGGUCUUCUCGCUCCUGAGUACCCUGUGGCAGAUGGUGCAGCUACGCCAGGCCCCAAAGUCACCAGCAGCAAGCCAACAGACCAAAAAGGACUCCAACGCAAAGGAUAGUAAAGAUGGCUCGGAAAAGACACCUUCUGUUGAAAAGCAGACUGUCAACAACGCUGACUUUACCGUUGUCCACCAGGCCCUGAUGAAGGAUCUUAUUAUUACCGGUUGCGACAUCUGCAUUCCCGGGCACAUUCUUGGUUGGAUCCCGAUAUCUGCCACGAUGAUGGGCAGCGCAGCUGUUUUGAGUACGCUGCUUGUUGGACGAGACCGUUGGGUCCAGGCCCAUGGAGGCUCCCGGUAG